AAGUGUUUAUAUUUUCUUGUUUAGCAGUUGGCUAACCCAUCUCUCAUUCGGGUGAAAACAUCCAAAGGCUAAGCAUGGGGAAGACGGUCUGGCUUAUACUAACAGUGAUGGGGGUGCUUGGAACCCCUUUAGCCUCUGCCGACCCUGAGCCCCAACCUGAGCCACACCCUGAGCCCCAACCUGAGCCACAGCCUGCUCCUGAACCUGAACCUCAACAAACCCUCUACUCGGAUGAAGGAACCCUUGUUUUAGGAACCUAUGAUAACUCCUCCCCCUACUCCUACUCCCAGGAACCAGUUCCUGGGGCUUCAACCUACAAUUCAUGGAACUGGUUGUCUAGUAGCUCUUCUGCCUCUUCAAGAAGUGCAAGUAUGGCAUCUUCCGGAAGUUUGGGAAUGGUGUCUCCGGGAUAUUCUGGCGUUCUUUAUUCUGGAGGUAACUGUGGUGUGAUGAACCAGUGUUGCCAGGCUGCUCAGGAAGGAUGCUGUAUGGGUGAGAAGAAGUGCUACACUAUAUUUGAGCAGAAGUGUGAAUACGCUUCCAAACCCAGCUGCAGGACUUUCAGCAAGAAGGCCUGCGCGAGCUAUUCUAUCCGAGGAUGCCGAUAUGCCACCAAAUCAGUCUUUUAUGACCUACCAACUACCGUCUGUGAUACAAAGCGUGAAAAGAAAUGCUGGGACUAUGAAACUACCACCUGUGACAGGAAAAUGGAGAUGCACUCUGAGAACAUAACCUGGAUGGAUCAGGAGCUUAUCAAUAGAGGGAUGAAGACGGAGAAAAAAUGUGAGACCGUUCCAGCCUGCAAUUUGGUAGAUGAUGUAAAGCAAGUAACCCAACAAGUUCCAGAGAUGAAAUGUGAAAAGAUUCCUAGAACAAGGAGUUCUUGUCGAACAGUUCCUGUCCCUCAACCCCCUCAGCAAGUUACCCGAACUGUGCUGGAUGUUAUUUACCGAGAACAGUGUUAUGAUAUACCAAAACCUGAAUGCACUACAGUUGGUUGUGAUACUGGAUGUUCUUCGUCUGGCCAGAGUAUUUGCUCCGCCAACCAAGUGCAGACCAGAAACAUUUGCCCCACUCCAGCCUGCGCAACGGAUAACUGCCCUGUUGAUCCAUAUUGUCAGCAGGUCUCGGUUCCAAUUUGCUACCAGAAUUCCAUGGUCCAAAGUUCAUCAGUUCAGAGCUCGUGUUCUUCCGGGAAUCAGCAGUGUUGUUCUAUGGGAUCUGAGAGGGUCUGUAGACAAGUUCCCAUGAAGGUUCCUCGAACAGUGACUGUAAACAUCCAACCACCUCCAACCUUUAAGACAGAAUGUAACCCAAUUACAGAUUAUGAAACUAGAUGCAGAACUGUAAUGGUGCCGAAAACCUACUCCAUACCCACCAAGAGAUGUGAGAGCGGACAAAAAGAGGAAUGCUUUGAUGUCACUGUUCCUAAUGAAGAAGUUGUUUCGAAUUCUAAAUCAUCCCUAAUCACGGAGGAGGUCCUUAAAUGUAAUAUUGUCACAAAAACGACAAAGCACUGUGCAGUUGUAGAUACCGGGGUAGAAUGUAGGGAUACUACCGUAAAGAAAAGCGGGUCUGUUAAAUACAAGAUCUGCGACCAGCAACAACAAAAACAAGUUUGCUUUGACGUACCAUAUUCCAACUGCGAGAAUAGUGGAGGCAAUGUUUGUCAGAUGGUUCCAAGAGAAGUUUGUCAGGAUACAUGCUCACAAGAUUCAAAAUGUGGGGAAUGUACUCAGUUCGUGACUCAGGGUGGAUUCAGCGCAUGUUCUAAUCAGCAGCAAUGUCCCAACUUUAUACCAUCAAACUCAGUAUACUCCGGGGCUAGCACUAUACCUGUAUACAAUCCAUAUGAUCCAAUCCUUGGGAGUAAUUGAUUAAAUCCCUGGGAGCACUUGAUUUAAUCCCUGGGAGUACUUGAUUUAAUCCCUGGUAGUACUUGAUUCAAUCCCUGGGAGUACUUGAUUCAAUCCCUGGGAGUACUUGAUUCAAUCCCUGGGAGUACUUGAUUAAAUCCCUGGGAUUACUUAAUUCAAUCCUUGGGAUUACUUAAUUUAAUCCCUGGGAAUACUUGAUUUAAUCCCUGGGAGUUCUCAAUCUAAUCCCUAAGAGUACUCGGCAAUUUUUGACAUCCCUUGAUCCAAUUCCUUUUUUGUGCUUAAUCCAACUUCUAAGAGUACUCAAUUCAAUCCCUUGAGUACAAAUACAGCUUUUCUUAUUCAUUUUUAUCGUUGUUUCCUCUUACUCCAUUAUUUUCUAUUCUAUCGGAAAGCCCUAUUCCAUAGACAGCUAGUCUUUUGAAAUGUGAAUCCGAUCUUAAUCCAAACGGUUUCCACUUGAAUAUUGUUUGGUUUCCAUUUACAUAUAUUUGAUUGGUUUCUUAAAUAUUUGAUGGUUUUAAUCAAAAGAUUUGAUGGAAGUUUUCUUAUUGUUAGUUUUGCACCUAAAGUUACCAUUUAGUUAUUCUAUACACGUACAUUUAUUUACAAUUUGUCAUCAAAUGUUAUUGUAAAUGUUUGCAUUUUUUCAUAAAGUUUCUAAAAUAUAUUAA